GAAGCUGACUGGAUUAAAGUUGCUCCUAAUUUUCUACCAUCUUCACCAUCAUGAUGGUCUGCAGCAUCAGUUCAGGAUGUGGUCUACAAGAAAAUUACACACUCCGAUAUGUAACAAAUGUCACUGGGCUUCAGGAAACCACAAACUCCCCUUUACCCAUCAGCCUGAAGGUUGUGCUGUCAGUUAUAAUGGUGGUCAUCAUCGCCAUCGGUUUUCUCGGAAACGCCCUCGUCUGCCUCAUAGUUUAUCAAAAGCCGGCGAUGCGUUCUGCCAUCAAUCUCUUACUAGCCAUGCUGGCUUUCAGUGACGUCAUGCUGUCACUAUUCUGCAUGCCCGUGACUGCUGUUACUGUGGUGUCCAAUGAUUGGCGUUUCGGACUGGACUUUUGCCGUAUCACGCUCGUGCUUUAUUGGCUCUUUGUUCUGGAAGGCGUGUCCAUUCUGCUGAUUAUCAGCGUGGACCGCUUUCUCAUCAUUGUGCAGCGGCAAGACAAGCUGACGCCGAGUCGUGCUCGCCUCCUCAUCACUGCUUCCUGGUUGCUCUCCUUCUGCUUGGCGUUGCCUGCUGCUGGCAGCGUGCCAACUCUUAAAGCUUCACGCUGCGUUUUGGGCUACAUUGAGUCCCCCAGCCGUGCCUACACACUGCUGCUGGCCAAUGCUGUCUUUUUCGUGCCUGUGAGCAUCAUGCUGGUCUCCUAUUUGCGCAUCCUAAACACAGUGCGCCGCAAUGCCUUGCGUGUCCACAACCACACUUUUCCCAGUCCUAAAUAUGGAGGAAAAGUGAGUUUACCAGUUCUAUGGCGCCCCCCGCAGCUCAGUGUGGACAUAAGCUUCAAGACGCGAGCCUUCACCACAAUACUUAUCCUUUUUGUUGGUUUUUCUGUGUGCUGGCUGCCCCACACAGCGCUCGGCCUCUUGGCUGCUUUCAAUCAGAAAUUCUACACGAGUAACAAGUUUUACGCAGCAAGUGUGGGGGCGCUGUGGCUUAGCUACAUCAAGGCUGUGUUGAACCCUGUUGUGUACUGCUGGAGGAUCCGCAAGUUCCGUGAGGCCUGUGAUGAAUUUGUGCCCAGGAGCUUCAGGAUGCCCAGGCUGAGGGCACGUGGUGGGCCCAGAGUUCGUCCCUGCAGCAUCUACGUCUGCACUGAGAGUCAGUCAGCCAUGUGAUGCUUUGCCAGACAUGAUGUUA